UCCAGGUCCAGGAAGUCAUGGAUUUUUUUCCUUCCUAAAACAACAUGACGUAGACAUAGUACCACUUGCUUUUGUUCAUUGUAUCAACCUCUCUAGCGCAGCAUUGCUACACAGACAACAUAUUCACCAGUCCAGUGGUGGGCUUGAACAUUGACUAUCUCUUAUCGACAAUUUCACAGCAGGAAACGAAAAAGACAGUCCCUCUCCAUUAGUCUGUGGCAACACCAGCAGCAAACAUGGAACUUGAGAUGAAGAAUAUGGACUUCAAAGCUGGAGACAAUCUGAAAAUUAAAGGCUUGAUUCUGCAUGACGCGGACAGAUUCCAGAUUGACCUCGGUUGCGACAAGGAGGACUUGGCGCUGCAUUUCAAUCCCCGCUUCAAUGAUGAUCUCGAUGGAACUGUUUUUGUGUGUAACUCUAAGGCGGCUGGGUGUUGGGGCGAUGAGAAACGAGAAAUUAACAACACUCUGCAGAAAGGGGCUGAAGUCAAGAUCGUGGUGAAUUUUAGUGGAGACAUGUUUGAGGUGGAGCUCCCUGGUGAUCAAGAAGUGCACUUCCCUAACCGCGAGGACAUGGACGUCAUCAAGUACUUGAGAAUCUGUGGGGACUUCCAACUGAUGUCCUUGAAGAUCUCACACUAGUAUAUUAUAUAUUUACUGCCCUCUUUCCUAAAAUUAAAGUAAUAAAGUAAAACGUAAAGAAAACAUUGUCGACUCUAAUCCCUCAUAUGUUGCCGGUGAGAAGCAUGGACAGCUUACUCAUACU